GAAUCCUUCGGCGCCAGGAUGAAGCUGAAGAAUGGGUCAUUUCUGUGGUACCUCUAUCUAGAUAAGAUAUACUGCCUGCUUUCAGUGAGAAAUGUCAAAAUGCUGGUGGAUUACUUCCAUCUGCUGGAUGUUCACCACAGAAACGCCCUUAAUGACAUACUCUUCUACCACUUUCUCCGCCAUGUGACUAAUCUGAGGAAGAGGCAGAUAAUGCUAGUAUUUGACCUGCUGGACUGGGAUGCCACCGGGGAGAUUGGUUUUGAAGAGUUCUACAUGCUCGCGUGCAUCUUGCUGUCUCACGAGAACCACCUAGAAAAGCAGUUCAUCUAUCGCCAUUCUCGGCCCGUGUUUGAAUUGCUGGACAUGAACGGAGAACUGAAGAUUGGCUCGGCACAGUUCCACGCGUUCCGCUUCCUCUUUAACAUCAAGAAGCAGGAGCUCAAGGAGAUCUUUCACGACUUCGACAUCACAGGGGAUGAGCGCCUGAACUACAAGGAGUUCAAGCUUUUCACGAUCUUCAGUAUGGACAAACACCAGGAGAAACAGAGAGAGGAGAGACGCAAACGUAUGCUGUCACUGGAGGGCAGAUCCAGGAAAUCGGGAGCAUCUGGAAUAGAGAAAGUGAUCCUGAAAGCGCCUUUCAGAACGUCACAAAUUAACCCGCUUGCCAGAAGCCAAUCCUCUUUUGUUCUUUGAGGGAAAGUCGUUCAGGAAAUGGUUUCGUUGACUGCAUUUGGAAAUUUGCGAUACAUAAAGCUGAGACCUUGAAGUUCACAA